CAGAAGUUAAAGAGAAGAUGGCCGACGUGGUAAGUGUCGGCGUUAACUUGGAUGCCUUUUCUCACGCUAUAAGCGGGAUCCAGGCGCUCCGCUCCAGCGUCAGCCGCGUCUUCGAGUCCCUCAAAGAUGGCAUGAAGAAUCGCGAGACGCUGGAAGGCCGAGAGAAGACAUUCCUCGCCGUCUUCCAGGACAACCUGCAAGCUGUCAACCGAGACCUCAAUGAAUUGGAGCGCCUCAGCGGUUUGGUGGGCCGCCCCUCUGAGUCACACCCUUUACACAACAGUGGCCUGCUCAGUCUGGAUCCAGUUCAGGACAAGACACCGCUGUACUCGCAGCUGCUACAGGCCUACAAGUGGUCCAACAAGCUGCAAUACCACGCCGGCCUGGCGUCCAGUUUGCUGAACCAGCAGUCGCUCAAGCGCUCGGCCAAUCAGAUGGGCGCCUCGGCCAAGCGCCGCCCUAAAGUGCAGCCCAACACUCUGGUCCUCCCCCCGCAGUACGUGGACGACGUGAUCUCGCGCAUCGACCGAAUGUUCCCCGACAUGAGCAUCGAACUCUUCAGACCCAACGGAUCGUCCGCGGUGCUGCUGGUAACCCUGGGUAAGGUCCUCAAGGCACUGGUGGUCAUGCGCUCGCUCUUCAUCGACCGGACGUUGGUGCGAGGCUUCCACGAAGACAUUUACGAGCGCGACGGGAAGAAGCUGGACAUCUGGAGCAAGUCACAGCAUCUGGUCUUCCGGAAGGUAACGGAUCACGCCACCACCGCGCUGCUGCACUACCAGCUGCCGCAGAUGCCCGACGUGGUCGUCAGAUCCUUCAUGACAUGGCUCCGCAGUUACAUGAAGCUCUUCCAGUCUCCGUGUCAGCGCUGCGGUCGCUUCCUGCAGGACGGCCUGCCUCCCACUUGGAGGGACUUUCGGACCUUGGAGGCCUUCCACGACACCUGCCGCAUGUGACGUCCUACAAAUGUUGAACGCCCCCGACGGAUUUGAAGGCACCUUAACGAUGUCUCUGUGACCUUCGCGGUGAACUUCAUGACUUAAUGAUGAGCCCAAUUAGCGAGCGACACCAGCUGUCUGUCAAAAACCUCCAGAGACUCCUAGAAAGGGAAAAACAAGUACUGUACGUCUUCAAGCUCAAAACUGAGCGAGAAAACAAUCAUUUACGUACAAGUUACAUUUUUGAACCAAUUCUGUUCUAAUACAAAUGUUUUAUAUGCAGUUGACCCUGCACAAUCAUAGCCAACAUUGAUGCUAGAUGCCCAAUCCAUUUGAAGUUUACUUAAUUUUGACCCAUUAUUAAAAUCGUCGGAUUUUUGUUUAUUUCAUUCAUUUUUGUUGUUUUAAUAUGUUAGUUUUUAUGGACUAAUUUUACAGACUAUGUAUUUUUGGUUGAACUGCCACCCUCCUGCUUAAAACAGAUUGUACACCUGAUGGUGGUAAGCUAGUCUUUUCAUGCUUCUGUAGAGAAUUGAAACCUUGCAUUGCUCUUACCAACAUGGCCGCCCUGAGGCAACGUUUCCAUCAAAGUCAAUACGUUGACAUGACCUUGUAGUCCUAACUAGCUUAUGUCCUAACUUAACUAUGUCAAAGCAUCUAUUAUUUACUCGGUGGCUGCCAAUGACUGCAGGAGGCUUCCAAGCCAUUGGAAAUUGAGAGGGCUCAUAUUGGAUGAACGUUUGAUAAAUUAUUGCCAGCCCUCCUGCAUCCAAUGGAUUGGACGUCUACUAGCAGGACCACAGUGGGGCUCAUUGUCAGCCCUGGUCAUACCUCAGACCAGCCCACUUUAUUUCUUGACCUACAGUAUAAAAAUGUCAUUCUAACAUUGCAUGUUAAUGACAGUGUUCUCCACUUUAUUUCAUGACUGUAUAAAAAUGUCAUUCUAACAUUGCAUAUUAAUGACAGUGUCCUCUAAAGCCUUGUAAUUCAGUGUAUUUUCCCCCCCAAAAUUCCCAGUGAUUGUUUUACAAGGAGAUUAAUCUCAAUUUGAGUGCAAAUCUCCACCGGUUUUCUUUGCAACAUUUUUUUCAACAAAUUUAAAAAUGAAUAAAAACAUUUUGGAAAAAAAAAAGUAUUGCAUUGUACAACUUGUCCAGCGAAAUGUGCAAAAAAUCAGCAGCUAUUUAAGGCACUGGCAAAGCUUUAACUUUUGAGAUGGGGGGGCAAAACAUAUUGAUGACACCGAAAUGCAGUGUCAGCAAUAAAAUUUACUUGCAACAUCUACUAGUAUAGACCCUACCCACGUGACGUCACAACUCCGCUCUCCUGAAUGGUACCGCCCAAUUGUCAGGCAUGAAAAUGGGUCAGGGGUUAAAAAGGUGAGAAAGGUGUGGAGGAAAUAUGUUCCGGCGUUCUGCCAAAAUGUCCGCCGUCGGCAAAACGUCUACAUGUGGCGAAUUUGACCAUUUUAAUUUUUCACAUAAGGCUUAAUAUUCGAGUUAACGGGGGUUUAAUUAGUUGAAGGAGUUGAUUUCAACCACCAUUGACUCGCGCUAGCUUAGCCACUCCGGAGCCCUGAAACUAACAAAUAACUGUCAAACUGCACAGAAUUUGUUCAAAUCAUUUCCAACGACUAAUUAAACCCCGGCUAACUCAAAGAUUAAGCCUAAUGUAAAAAAUUCUGAACUUCCCCUUUAAAAUAAAGACCAUUGAAUAUGGCCCUUAAAAUGUUGUCUAUAAAAGUUUUAGAGCAAUAAAACAACACAAAUGAAUAAAAUGAACAGGAAUCCUUCAAAGUAUUUCAUAAUGGGUCCAAAUUAUUUUUCGAACAGAUCAUGUGACUAUAGAACCUUAGAGACAGCCGUUUGCAUUGCUUAGCCAAAACUACAGCUGAGGAGGCAAGAUGGAUAUUUAGAAUUUCUUUAAACCUAAGCUUUCAAAACCCUCAACAACAACUGAGCUUGAACCGAGGAUUGAGCACGAGCAGUAUCAAAAAGUCCUGGCUGUCGUGUUACCUGUUGUGCUGUAAUUCCAAGUGGUGCUUGAAUUGGAUGCUUAUAGCGGUGGACAGUCUUUUUGAGCCAGCGCAAAGUUUGCAGCGCACGGAGAUAUUUUUGUUAUCUUUACUGGACAAAAAUGUGAAGUAAUGGCUGUGUUUCCAGUGUGCAAAUGCAGCCGUUUGUAGUAUAUCUCCUGCCUAUUUCAUUGCAUCCUGGUGAGGUAGCAAGGCUAUGUUGUUUUGGCCGCAAACUCCCAGCGCUCACGCAUCAUGGUAAUACACGUGACCCUUUUUGUUCCAUCCCCGAUUAAAAAAUGUGACAUGUGAUGUCACUCCCAUGACUACAGUAUUCUUCAUUCUACACACAUUAUGGGGCAAUAACAAAAUAGUAACGCACAGGCAUCAAGGAAAGUAAUUUUACUCAGAUUACUGAUUUAGAAAAAUGAACGCGUUAGAUUGUUCUUUACUGAAAGAAAGUAAUCAGAUUAGUUACGCAUUACGAUACCGCGUUAUUGACAACACUGCUUUUAUAUUACCGUUAAAUACACAAGCUUGACGCUACCUUAACGGGAGCUAUUUUUUCACCGGACGCUCUGGCAGUGUUCAACGCAAGCUGCAACGAACGGCAGUAACUUUGUCAUACCACAAAAUAUGAAAAUGAAAACCAUUACUCACUAAAUUCAAUAUGCUGGCAAAUGCAUUCAUCUAAAAACAAUUGGGAGUGAUACUUUACCUCCUCCAGCGAAUGUGAAUUUGUGCUUAGUACAAGAUCAUCUGUCGCAAUUAGCGAUCUUUGACGCUCUUUUUUUUUUUUUUUUUUUCCUCCCCGCAUACAAACUUGUUUCUCUCUCAGCGGCUGUGAUUAACCUCAAUGAAGUUGCUGUCCUAGCUAAGCCUUGCCUAUCAUUCGUCUUUGUAAGUUUUUAGUAACUUUGUGUAUUGAAUUUGAAAGGAAAAUGUGUGUUUUGUUUUUGACGAACUUUUUCAUGAAGCUAAACUGUUGAAGCUACUCACAUGUGGAAAAAUACGAGUGUACAACGUUUUAAAUGUAUUCAUUUGGUAUAUUUCAGUUACCACGAUUUGAGAGAUCAAUAAAUUGAAGAGUUUACGCCUUGCGAUUGGAG